UCUGAAAGUUUUAUUUUUCAGAGUUUGUUCUGUUUAUAAUUAUCAGGAUGGUUUUCAGGAUUUUUCAUUUACUUGUGUUCCUGGUUUCAGCACUUUCUUUGGCUAAAGGAGAGGAUUGUGGAUCACUGCUGGAUUGUGAAACCUGUCUGAAGAAUCCUAAAUGCACUGUUUUCUUAGAAACUGAGGGAGGAAAUGUGUGCCAGACUUUCCUAGAUAUAUCGGAGAUAAGAACCAAGAUCUUUCAUACAAUCAAAGAUCUUAAAACAUGUUUCUCUUAUGAACCUACAACAGCUAAAGAAUCUGACACCACUGACGCCACUGAUACUACUGACACUACUGAUACUACUGAUAUUACUGGUACUACUGAUACUCCAAACAAUAAUAGAAAUACAGAUACUCCAAUAACUACAGAAUCAACCACCAGUGGAACAACUGAUUCAACAACGCCCAACACUAUCACAGACCCAACCACCACAACAAGUACACUGAAACCUUCUAAUACAACCACUACUAACACAACUACUACCCCUUCCACAUCAACUGAUACAACAAGUACUUCUACCUCUUCCUCUACCUCCACAUCCUCUUCAACUUCGACUCCUACUAAUCAAACCACUACUGCCACAACUACUACCCCUUCCACAUCAACUGAUACAACAAGUACUUCUUCCUCUACCUCCACAUCCUCUUCAACUUCGACUCCUACUCCCAGCAGUACUAAUGCUGCUCCAACUACACCUGGUCCUGAUUCCAAUGGAAACCAAUUCAACGGUUGGAGUUUCUUCGGAGGGAUUCUUCUGACUCUUCUCGUUCUAGCGAUAGCGUUUGUCGGGUUCAGAUAUUAUAAACUCAGGAGCGGAACCGGAGGAGCAUAUGACAGAUUCUAGAAUAUUCCUUAUCAUUGAUAUUUUGAUGAUUUAUGGUCCACGGAGUUCAACUUAUUUGAUGUACACUGAAUUCCAUGUGUAUUACUAUCAAUCAUGUGUAUUCUGUAUUUUUUUAAUUGGUUGCCAUAAUUCUUUUUAUUUCUUAAUGGUUGUUACAGAAUCUAUUCUUUUAGAAGAAUUAAAAUUUCAUUCCAAAAAUAAUUUGGCCUGGAUUUAAAAUCUUUAUUUUGUUCCACUAAAAUAUUGCCAAAAUAUGUUCAAGUGCCACUACAAAUUACUUCUUAUCUACUUAUAUUUACAUUGCACAAACAGGAAGCUAAUCCAAUGAAUAUGUUUUUGUGUCUUUAAACUGUCUUAAUAUUGUUUCCUAAUGCAGAAGGUAUAUAUUUCUAUAAAUUAUUACGAAGAUUAUCUAAAAAUUGUUUAACAAGUACUUUCCAAUUACUUGACAAUCAUUUUUCAAUCAAAACAUUUUUCCUUAAAGAGACUGUACAUACACGUUAUUUUAAUUGAACCUACAUUUUUAGACAGGCAUAUCCGAUUUACAACGGUAUCCUUAAAAGCUUUUUCUGAUAAAAAUGAGAUUUCCAUAUUUUAAAUUUGGCUUUAGAAGAUACCUUUUGUGCUCGGGUAGCCCUUGUUUGAAUGGAGGGUCACUCGAAAUAUCUUUUACAGUCUCUUCGAAUGAAAACGUCAAAUGGACAUGACAACCCAGGGGUCUAGCUCCGAGAUCUGGUCAAAAUGUAGAAAUUGAAGAAACUUCAAACUAAAGAAAUGACAUUUUCCAUCCUUUCAUUUGUUCUACCAUUGGGUUAAAUGGUAGAACAAAUGAUUGAAUUCCUAACAGUAUUUGUAUUACGAAAAUUUUACAUAUAUCUACUUAAUUCAAUGUGAUUAGCUUAGAAAAGAUCUAACACUAACCUAUAUAUAUAUAUAUUUAUCAACGACAAGAUUGUCAGAUAUGAUAUUAAGUUCUUCGUGGUUUUGGGUUCCAAUAAAAUAGUAUAUUUACAUUCAUUUUCACUUAGCAACGUUAUUGUUUACUUCAGACAAUCAUGAUUUCUUAAGUUAAAGCGUAAAAUGCGUAAUGUGUUACCAUUUGUAGGUUUAUGCUUAGCUGUUAAAAAACAGAACAGAAAAGUAACUUCAGGAUAUUUUGUCACAAAACAUCGUUGAUAUUUUUAGAUAAUGCUUAAGAUUAUGAUUCGUUUUCAGCUUGAAAUUAACACCCAAAUUGUUAAACAACUUUCUUUAAAUUUUAUGCUUUAAUAUUUAAAUUUUCAGA